AUGACGAAAAGUGUUGUACCAGCUGGUCGAAGGUGGGUUUCGCACGAUCAAGUGCAUGUAAAGAGCCUCGAUGUUAAAGCUGUUGUUGGUCCAGAUUCUUGGGAUCAGCUGAAACCGCAGAAUUUGAAAGUGACAUUGCAUAUGCAGACCGACUUCAAGAAAUCGUCGAUUACGGAUGAUUUGAAAUACUCUUUAAACUAUGCAGUUGUCUCCAGAGAUAUAUCCAAUCAUGUUCAAAAAAACAUUAAACGCAAUUACAAAGAUGUGAACACUUUUGGAAGGAAUAUUGUGGAAUAUGCCAAGAAAUCAUACCCUGGCAUCAAUGCGUUGACCGUAGAAGUGGAAUCUAAGGAAGCAAACAUCAGAUCUAAUAGUAUCAAAAGUACUACCAGUGAUUCCCAUGAUGAGUUGGAUCACAUUAUAAUCUCGGACUUCAAGAUAUUGACACUUAUUGGCGUCUUUACUUUUGAACGUUUGAAAAGGCAAUACGUAGAUUUUACCAUUAAAUUGCCUAUUGCCGAAGGCUCUGAUGUUCCACAAUAUGACAAAAUUAUUAACCAGGUUACAGAAUACGUAGAAAACUCUAAUUUCAAGACCGUGGAAGCCUUAGUUGAAACUGCUGCUCAGGUUGUUUUGACAAACAACGGCUAUUUCUUUGAUAGACCCUCACUUCCAAUCGAAGUUAAGGUUAUGAAAUUAAAUGCCAUUACCGAAACAGAAGGGGUGGGUGUUUCUUGCGAACGAUGUUAUGAUGACUUCAAGUCCGUAGCGCCAAUAUCCCUUCCAGUGGCCAAAUCCAAAGUCAUAAAUUCAUGCACUGGUGGUGAUUUUGAUCUCCCUGUCCAGAACAUUAAAUUAGAUAAGGACUCUUGGAAAUCUGCAAUAUUAGCUUUUGGAUCCAAUAUUGGUGAUAGAUUCAAAAAUGUCGUAGAAGCCGUGAGCCUGUUGAAAGCUCAUAAAGAUGUAGAAGUGGUGUGCUCUUCAUCAUUGUUUGAAAGUGAACCAAUGUACUUCAAAGAUCAACAGCCUUUCCUAAAUGGAUGUAUCAAAAUCAAGACAAGGCUUUUACCUGACGCAUUACUCGAAUUGUGUAAAAAAAUUGAAUAUGAUGAACUAAACAGAGUUAAACAUUUUGAUAACGGACCACGUACUAUUGACUUAGAUAUCGUAACAUAUUACGACUCGAAUGGUGCUGAUUUUUCAAUGAAUACGCCAGAACUAACUAUUCCUCAUCCCAGAAUGCUUGAACGAAGCUUUGUUUUAGAGCCUUUAUGCGAAUUGAUCAGCCCUUGUUGUGUACAUCCGAUAACUGCGGAACCUAUUCACAAUCACUUGAAGCAGCUUUACGAGAACGAUAAUCCUGAAGAUGUACUCUGGAAAUUGGUGCCUGUGGGUGAUAAAUUCUUGAAAUUUAAAAUUCAAUGGGAAAAGGAUAUCUUAACCGGUUUAAGACGUCCUGUGUCUAGUAGUUCAGCGUACUUGAUGGGGGUUGUCAAUGUAACACCAGAUUCUUUUUCUGAUGGAGCUCAAGAUUAUGACAAUAAAGAAGUAGUCGUAUCGAAGAUUGAAGCAAUGGUUUCUGCAGCACUCGAAUUACAUGAAAUAGUAAUUCUUGAUAUUGGAGGUUGUUCAACAAGACCGGGCUCCUUGCAGGCCUCUGAAGAGGAAGAACUAGCAAGAAUUCUUCCCAUCAUUAAUGCAGUCACCACAUCAAAAUCAAUUCCUUUGGAUAAAGUCGUUAUAUCUAUUGAUACUUAUCGUUCUGUUGUCGCAGAAGCAGCAAUUUCCGCGGGUGUGGGUAUAAUCAAUGAUAUAUCAGGUGGGGUUUUUGAUCCAAGAAUUUUACAAGUGGUGAGCAAGCAUCCUAAUGUUGCUUAUGUUCUUUCCCAUAUCAGAGGCACUAUCGAUUCGAUGUCGUCCGAAACCUCUUAUUUGACUUCAGACGAAAACGUUAAGGAGUACAUUUCCGGCAAGGAAGGAAAUGAGAUCGACAAUCUAUUUAUUAAAACAAUCGGCAGAGAAGUAUGUUCGAGAUAUCAAGACACUUUUAGGAAUAACAUUUUCCGUUGGCAAUUGUUUUUGGAUCCUGGAAUUGGAUUUGCCAAAGUUGGUAAGCAAAAUCUCGAGUUAAUAAAAGGUAUUCCUCUACUACGGAACUAUUCUUGUAUCAUUGGUAAUGAGUACUAUUCUUUAAUAAAUCUUCCUGUGUUGGUUGGACCAUCUAGAAAGAAGUUCAUUGGAGAUAUAACAAAGACUCCUAGUGCCAAAGAUAGAGAUUUCGCAACAGGAGCGAUAGUGUCCGCUUGCGUAGCAAACGGAUGCGACAUAAUCAGGGUACAUGAUGUUGCUAAUAUUAGCAAGGCAUUGAAACUCUUAAAUGAACUUUAUAGAAACUAG